ACACGUGUAGUACAAUGCAGAGGGUAUAUAUAUUAUUUAUUUUCAUUGCAUUUGCAUCUUCUGACGUAGUGAAAUGGUUACCAGACAAAAGCUUCAGCUUAGCAACGAACUUCAGAGAUCACAAGCGUCCCUGUUCAAAACAAACAGUAAUUUUCCCCCAAACUAUGUACGAAAGUACAACUAUUGACUCGGAUAUUUCUGUAAGUGGAAUGGUUCUGCCUAAAGACGGAUCAUUGACAAUCGAUGCAACUAUAAAAUUUGGAAGAGAUCCCAAUGACAAUUGCACUGAAGAAGGAAACACUUACUUUAUGCCAAGUUCAACAGCUUCGUGGGCUCAAGUAGACGUUUGGUCUUCACCAAGAUUUAAUAAGGCGACACCAGAUUUUGAAAGAGUGCCUUGUUUCGAUGACAUCGCAGAGUUUGCAACAAAUGCUGAAUUCACCCUGAAGUUACCGGAUCUUACGCAACGUAUUCAAGGCAUAAAGUACGGUUCAAUCAUUUAUAAAACAGAUUCCUUCUUACAUUACCUUACAAUAGACUCAUCAGCUUUGCACAUUUUGCAUGACAACCAAGCAUUUAUUCUGAAUAAGUUUGGAGAAACAGGAGUUAUUUUGGAAACGAAACAAUGUAAAUCAAGAGCUGGGUGUCCGUGCCAAGAGCAGCUUCAAGAAAUGGAUUGUUCACUGAAAUUUUGUCCAGUACCAAAGUGUGUGAAUCCAAUCCAGCCAACAGGUCAUUGCUGUAAAAUCUGCGGUGGAUAUUUAACAAUUAACGUAGAUCAAACAUUUGAGAUGAUGGCGUUUAAAGAAAAAGUUGAGAAGAUUGUUGAGUCCUACGGGAAAAAUUAUCUUUAUUAUCACAUAGGUAGAAUUCCUGGAAACAAGGUGCAAUUGAUCAUGGUAGAUAAAGACGAAUACGUCGGGAAUAGUGCUUUAGUAGUUCAUGAAGUGGCAGUUGUAAUUGGCAAUUCCUAUUUGGAAGCUAAAGCUGUAUAUAGCGGUAGUCCUUUGUCACUGUCGGGUAUGGAAGGAAAGAUUUCGUUUUCUAUGUUUUUCUUGGUGAUUUUAAUAAUGGGUGCCAUAUUUGUAUAUUACUACAAGAUGCCGGAAAUGCGGUUUCCUUUCACGAUGUAUGCGGGUGGACGCAGAGCUGUGAUUUCGAGAUUCAACAGGAGGACAGACAGCGUGGUAUCAUUGACGAGUAGAAGAGACUCGGAAUCCCCAAUUGGCACUAGCGCAGGUACGGCAUUCAGAAACCCUCUGUACGAUUCUAAGAGGGGGCGUGUCCAGGUCGAUGAGACAUUAAUUGAGGAAUAAUGUUGUUUAUUCUAUUGUAGUUGAAUAAAAGAUAAUACUUAUAUUAAUGAUAAUAAAGUUCUUUCGUGAAUUCUUGAGUUAUUGUUACUUAAAAUUAAUGACAGCCUAAUAAGAAAUUUUACAUUUUUGACG